AUGUCAAAUCACAGUAUACAUCAGGAUAUUCAUAUUGUGGAAAAAAUAAAUGAACGAACUAAAUGUGUCAAAUCUUUGAAACAAUCUUCAAAUUACACUGAACAAGAGAAUAUUCAUAACAGAGAGGAGGCUUACAAAUGGAAGCCCUGCGGGGGAGUCUUCAGUCAAAUAUUCAAUCCAAAUAGACUUAAAAAAAUCUAUACUGGAGAAAAACCUCAUAAAUGUAAAGAUGUUGGUGAAACAUCUACCUGGACUAAAAGUUUUGCUCUAAAUCAGAGAACUCUUAUGGGAGAGAAGCCUUACAAAUGUGAAGCAUGUGGUCAAACCUUUAAAUGGCAUACAUGUCUUACUGUACAUGAAAGAAGAAUUCAUAGCAGGGCAGAAUUUUACAAAUGCACGGAAUGUGGAAAAGAAUUUAAUCAGUCCUCAGUAUAUACUGAACAUCAGAGAAUUCAUACUGGAGAGAUAUCUUAUAAUUGUUCAGAAUGUGGCAAAGACUUUAGCUGCCAGUCGAGUCUUUAUAGACAUCAGAGAGUUCAUAGCGGAAAGAAACCAUAUAAAUGUAGAGACUUUGUUGACAAAACCUUCAGCCAGUCCUCUAGCUUAACUGUCGAUCAGAGAAUUCAUACUGCAGAAAAGCCUUGUAGAGAAUGUGGCAAAACCUUUAGUUGGUCCUCAAAACUUACUGUCUGUCAUCGAAUUCAUUCUGGAGAGAAGCCUUAUAAAUGUAGAGAAUGUGGCAAAGACUUAAGCCAAUCCUCUGGUCUUACUGUCUGUCAGAGAAUUCAAACUGGAAAGAAGCCAUAUAAAUGUAGGGAAUGUGGCAAAGCCUUCAGCCGGUCUUCAGAGCUUGCUGUCCACCAGAUCAUUCAUACUGGAGAAAAGCCUUAUAAAUGUAGAGAAUAUGUCCAAUGCUUCAGUCAUAUUUCAACCCUUGCUGUCCAUCAGAGAAUACAUACUCGAGAGAGACCUUACAAAUGCAUAGAAUGUGGCAAAGCCUUUGGACAGUCAGUGUUCAUACUAGAAAGAAGCCUUCCAAAUCUAAAGCAUGUAGCAAAGCCUUUAAACGGAAUUUAAGUCUUACUGUACAUGAGAGAAUUCAUGCUAGGGCAAAACUUUACAAAGGUAGGAAAUGUGGAAAAGGCUCUACUCAGUGCUCAAACCAUACUACACAUCAGAUAAUUCAUACUGGAGAUAAGUCUUAUAAAUGUUCGAUAUGUGGCAAAGCCUUUAGCUGUCAUUCAAAAUUUACUGAACAUCAGAGAAUUCAUACUCGAGAGAAUCCAUAUAAAUGUAGAGAAUGUGGCAAAACCUUUGGCAAGGCCUCAGGCCUUUCUGUCCACCAGGAUUCAUACUGGAGAAAAGCCUUAUAAAUGUAGACAGUGUGGGAAAGAAUUCAGGCAGUCCUCAAACCUUACUGUUCAUCAGAGAAUUCAUACUGGAGAGAUACCUUACAAAUGUGUAGAAUGUGGCAAAGCCUUUAGCCAGUCCUCAACCCUUACUAUACAUCAGAGAGUUCAUACUGGAGAGAAGCCUUAUAAAUGUAGAGAAUGUGGUAAAGCAUUUAGCCAGUCUUCAUACUUUACUCGACAUCAGAGAGUUCAUACUGGAGAGAAGCCUUAUAAAUGUAGAGAAUGUGGCAAAGCCUUCAGUGAGUCCUCUGGCCUUACUGUCCAUCAGAGAAUUCACACUGGAGAAAAACCUUAUCAAUGUAGAGAAUGUGGCAAAGCCUUUGUCAAGUCCUCACAGCUUACUGUCCAUAAAAGAAUUCAUACUGGAGAGAAACCUUAUAUAUGUAUAAAAUGUGGCAAAGGCUUUCGCCAGACCUCUGCCCUUACUUAUCAUCAGAGAAUUCACACUGGAGAGAAGCCUUAUAAAUGUAGAUAAUAUGGCAAAGCCUUUAGCUGAUCCUCUAAUUUUAC